AGUGUCUUGAGACAAUUUGACUGUAAUUGGCGCUAUAUAAAUAGAAUUGAACUGAAUUGAAGGUGAAGGACUCUCUGUGAGGCGGGAUCAGACUCCGCAGCCUCGGGGGCAUUUCCCUCCUUCCCCGCUACACCUCACCUGUCAGGUAGAAACUACGAGGCUGUUAAAACGUCGUAUGGGUAAAACCCGACUGGAAACUGAAACAAAACAGCGCCAUGGAGUGUCCUGUGAAGGAUUGCCCCGUCAGACCGGGGUUUCACAGACUGGAGAUCCAGAAAACGACGUGGGACGUCCCGGAGAGGUAUACGACGCUGCGGUCCAUCGGCUCCGGGGCUUACGGGACCGUGUGUUCUGCCAUCGACCAGAAGACCAAAGAGAAGGUGGCCAUCAAAAAGCUGUAUCGGCCCUUCCAGUCCCUCAUCCACGCCAAGCGAGCUUACAGGGAGCUCAGGCUGCUCCGCCACAUACAGCAUGAAAAUGUGAUCUGCCUCCUUGACGUCUUCACACCUGACUCCACGCUGGAGAAAUUCCAGACCUUUUAUAUGGUGAUGCCAUUUGUAGCUCAGGAUCUGGGCCACAUUAUGAAGAAGAGGCGGUUAACUGAUCGCAUCAUCACAUAUCUGUUCUACCAGCUUCUCAGGGGCCUGAAGUAUAUUCACUCUGCAGGGAUCAUUCAUCGGGAUCUGAAGCCCGGUAAUCUCGCUGUGAGUGAGAAUUGUGAAUUAAAGAUCCUGGAUUUUGGCCUGGCAAGACAGACAGAGAGUGAAAUGACUGGUUAUGUUGUCACACGCUGGUACAGAGCACCAGAGGUCAUAUUCAACUGGAUGCACUACAGUCAGACCGUGGAUGUCUGGUCGGCUGCUUGUAUCCUGGCUGAAAUGAUUACUGGCCAAGUGCUUUUCCCAGGACAUGACAGUAUUGAUCAGCUGAAGAAGAUCCUGCGUCUGACAGGAACACCAGACUCCUCCUUGGUGCAGAAGAUGCAGAGUAAAGAUGCACAAUCAUAUGUGCAAGGUCUCCCACCACAAAAGAAGAAAAUUUUUAGGGAAGUGUUUCAAUCCAUGGAUGACAAUGCUGUAGACCUGCUGGAGGGGAUGUUGCUGCUGGAUCCUGAGAUGAGGCUAACAGCUACACAGGGGCUGUCCCACCCCUUCCUGGCUGAAUACCACGAUCCAGAGUGCGAACCAGACUCUGACCCUUAUGACGACUCAUUCGAGACCCUGGAGCUUGCUGUUGGAGAGUGGAAGAGUCUUAUCCACAUGGAGAUCAUGACCUUCGACCCCGACAAUCCCAGUAAGACAGCUGUGUAGGACGCUGUGUUUGCUGACGCCACCCAGUGUUUGGUUAUAAUACGUGCACCUACUGGAUAGUUCAGCAGCUUAGAGAAACAAAUACAGUAUCAACUAUCUUCAAAGUAUUGUAUUGGUCCAUCAGUUCUGUAUUGCAAUUAAAAGGCAUUUUACUGAAAGGCA